CCGUGUUGUUUGAGUCGCUUCCGCUUCCGUCCGUCCGUCAGGCAGGCAAAAAACAUGGCGGCCCCCUUGGUUCGUGUCCUGUCAAGGAUCAUUCAUGGACACGUUUUACCGGCUGCAGCACUUCAGCACCACACAGUCUGUCCCCGAUGGACUGUCCGUGUGUGUCCUGCAGCUUUCAUCCACACAGACUCUGUGUCCGCAUCUCCUUCAUCUGCUGUGUCAGUCACAGAAGAGCCGGACACACUGUAUCAGAAGCUGUCGGUGUUGGUGAAAGGACAUGAUAAAUCAGUGCUGGACAGUUACGAGUUCUUCGUCACACUGGCAGCGCAGGAGCUCGGCCUAACGCUGGAGAAAGUAUUUGAACCUCCCAAAGACAUCGAUAAACUGACUCUACUGAAGUCCAUCCACAUCUUUAAGAAGCACCGAGUGCAGUACGAGAUGAGGACACACUACAGGUGCAUUCAGAUUUGCAGAAUAACCGGCUCAAGCGCACGGGUUUAUCUGGAGUAUAUACAGCGGAAUCUACCGGAGGGCGUUGCCAUGGAGAUCACCAAGACCGCCAUUGAAAAGAUCCCCGAACACAUCCAGACACCGCUGUGGGACGCCAAUGAGAAGGUCACCUGAUAUUAGCGGCAGGAUUUUGGGGUUCUGGGCCGCUCAGUGAAAUAUCUGGAGAGUUUCAGUUCUGAUGAAUCACAUCGACACAUCUGACCUGAGAUCAGUGAUCUGAAUAAACUCCACAAAUAA